UCUAAAAAUACCCCCGUGGCCUUGUGAUGACGAUGGGUGUGUCCAAGGGGAUGCUGAGUCUAUAACCUCGCAGUCAGAGGUCUCCAGAUGCAGUCGCAUUGCUCCCGGGAUUUUGCACAAGAAAGCAGCAGCAGCACAGAACAUUUUACAUGGAUACUGUGUCGACUUGUUUUGUGGAGGAAACCUAUCGUGUGUCAGGAAAGGAGGAAGAAGAAGAAGAGGAGGAGGAGAAGGAGGAGGAGGAAGGUGAAGAAAAAUAUGAUUCACAAACUAAGGAGUCAGCGUUCCGGACACAACAGAGACAGAGUUUCAGAGUUUCUUCUACAGAUAAAGAGGUGUAUAAUUAUACAGGACGGGAGAUCUGCAUCGAAGAAGCUUUGCACUCAUAUGCAGGCAUGAUAUGGCCAGAGGCUUUGGCGCUCAGCCACUACCUUGACACUCAUCGUGAGCAGUUGAACCUUGUGGACAAAGAAGUUCUGGCGAUCGGAGCAGGGACUGGCCUGGUGUCUGUUGUAGCAGCUUUCCUGGGUGCAUGGGUGACAGCUACAGACCGUCCAGAGGUCCUGAACAACCUGAGACUCAACUUGAGCAGGAACACCAGGGGGCGCUGCAGACACACACCCCAAGUGGCAGCUCUGUCCUGGGACCACGACCUGGAGCGCACCCACCCCACAUCCGUCCACCGGUACGACUACGUGCUGGCAGCGGAUGUGGUCUACCAUCGCGACUUCUCAGACGAGCUCCUCGCCACCAUGAAGCAUUUCUGUCAACCGGGAACGACCGUGAUCUGGGCCAACAAGGUCAGGAUGGAGAGCGAUCUGACUUUCACUGAGAACUUUCAAAAGGCCUUUCACACAAGUUUACUGGCUGAGGAUGGAGACAUGAAGAUCUUCAUGGCAACGAGCAGAGACGAAGAGGGAGAAGGUGAAGAGGGGCUGGAAAUCCAAUCUCUGCUGAGAGAGGAGGAGGAGGAAGGAGGGACGGAGGAGGCUGAGGAGACGGAGGAGCAGGAAAAACACAAUGAGGAAAAUGGUAGUGACGUAACAGAGGCCGAGAGGGGAGAUGAGGAGGGAGAAAGAAAUGAGCACACAGCCAGUGAUGAAGAUAUCACAGGACAGGAGCUACCGAAACAAACACCUGCCCAGCAUUACCGAGCACCGGUCUGGGUUCCCCACGUCAUUAGCAGCCUCAGUAAAGACAUCUACCACUACGCAGGGCAGGACAUCCUCAUUUAUGAAUCCAUGGACUCCUUUGGAGCUGUCAUGUGGCCAGGGGCGUUGGCUCUGUGCUCCUUCCUGGACCACAACAGGGAGACGGUGAACCUGCAGGGGAAGCAGGUGCUGGAGUUGGGAGCUGGAACUGGACUGGUGGCCAUCGUGGCCAGUCUGCUAGGAGCUGCAGUCACGGCUACAGACUUACCAGAUGUGCUGAGUAACCUCAGGGCCAACACGAUGAGGAACACCAGGGGGCGGUGCAGACACUUGCCCAAGGUGGAGGUUCUGUCUUGGGGCUACGAUCUGGAGCGCACCCACCCCACAUCCGUCCACCGGUACGACUACGUGCUGGCAGCGGAUGUGGUCUACCAUCACGACUUCUUAGACGAGCUCCUCGCCACCAUGAAGCAUUUCUGUCAACCGGGAACGACUGUGAUCUGGUCCAACAAGGUCAGGAUGGAGAGCGAUCUGACUUUCACUGAGAACUUUCAAAAGGCCUUUCACACAAGUUUACUGGCUGAGGAUGGAGACAUGAAGAUCUUCAUGGCAACGAGCAGAGAGAGAGACAGAACAGGCUGGAUUAACAAAACAUCAGCAGUUGUGUGAACGCCCUUGAGCCCCAUGGGCUGCAGGGUGUCAGAUGUCAGACUCUCUGAAGUGAAUGUCUUAAACAUUUAAAGUUGUAAAGUCUAAGGGGCUCUGCUUUUAGGAUUCUGCUAAACACAACAUAUGUCUUGUUCCAGUUUGGUAGCAGAUGCAAAACAACAGCAUGUCAUGAGAUUAGUUGUAGGCCGGGGUCACCUGCUUCAUACAUUGAGAUUCAAAACUUCUUAUGGCUAUCAAUUGUAAAAUAUUGACCAGUGCUGAAAGAUUUUGAAAGGCAGCACGCAAGUUUACAUUUUUUGACUUUGCAGUAAUGUGAAAUUUGCAUUGAACCAUUAAGCUGCAUUGUUCCUCAUACAAGUGCUGAUGAUUUUCAUAAUGUUUUACUGAUCCAGGCCUGGUUUCCCAUUAUACUGAAA